AGGGUUGUUGCGAAAACCGAGUAGAUCUGCAAAAAAAAACUUUUACUUAUGUCGUUUUAUUUGCCUAGCGGAUUGUGGUAUUUUAGGAUUAUUGUGCUCUAUUCUCAAUUAAAAAUCGGAUGCGCGAAUUGUAUUUGUUGGUAGCGGUGGUGCCGGUAGUUUUUACAUGGAGUGAUUCAAUUAGCUUAGUUCGCAUUGAAGUUUUUUGCCUGGAACUUUUCCAUUUAAUGAAAUGAACCCGGACAAGUUGUCUCUAUUUGCUGAAACCUCAGAAGUGGUCGAUAAGUUAUUGAUUAUACAAACGUGCAAGAGUUACACGCGACGGAUGGCAUCACUUUAGUGGGCAGCAUCUUCAACGGUGCGAAGGAGGAUGAUGUGAUGUCCACAGCCAAACGGCUGGUGCUAAGCUGGCGAGGCCGGAAGCAGUCGCACGACAGCUCGGCCGGGAGGCUCGUGGCUCACGGUGGAAGUGCACUAGGAUCUGUUGAUGGACACGAACUUGACGAAAUUGCGGUCGUCUCCAGCAACGCUGAUCCAUGUCACGUUAAAUAUGGAAGUGGACCUUUAUCUACCAUUAACGGACCCCGCCUUGUUCCAGGUAUUAUUACGUCGACUGGUGGCCGAAUGGUGGGCGAAAGACUUUGUAGCAGCGGCACUAGAUUGGACGUAAUAACUUCACCGGCACAAUCGGGAGUACAAGCCAGCGUUGGACCGAGAUCCAGCAACGAAAGUGUCCCUAGAGCGUUAAAGUCGGUCUCCAAACAAAGCCUUUUAGAUUUAGUGAGUUGCAAGUUAGGAAUGUCCAAGCCCCAAAAACCCCGAAAUUUUAAUGAGCAUUAUUUUUCACACGAUAGUAUAUCAAUUGCUUGCGCGAAUGCGGCCGCGAAUGUUAGUUCGGCAGCCAGUGAAUUAGACUUAUCGAGAAAGGCAAGACGAAAAGAUCUGCGUAGUAAGCUAAAGUUACCUUCGAGUGUUGCGUUAGCAAGCUACGCGGAGGCGCCGUUCUUGGGACGCUGGAGAACUUCCGGAUCUGCUGCCGGUAUUAAUCCAUCAUCUUCCAAUCAUUUAAAUUCAACGAGUAGCUGUAGCGGUACCGAAAGUAGAUUCGGAUUUCGAAGAGCUGAUUCGUACCAUCCCCGUUCCAGAGCGACCCCCAAGUGGACGUUCGUCUUUGAUCCUGCUGGCCGGCUGUGCUACUACUGGUCCAUGGUAGUAUCCUUAGCGUUCCUCUACAAUUUUUGGGUUAUAAUUUAUCGAUUUGCGUUUCAAGAGAUAAAUCGUGACACAAUCUUAGUGUGGUUCUGCCUAGAUUAUUUCUCCGAUUUCCUAUACCUAGCGGACAUCAUGUUUCACUUUCGUACAGGUUACCUAGAAGACGGAGUUCUGCAAACGGAUUCAACGAAACUUCGACAACACUACAUGAACUCCACAACAUUUUAUAUAGACUGUCUGUGCCUACUACCUCUAGAUUUCCUAUACCUUUCCAUAGGUUUCAAUUCAAUUUUGAGAUCGUUUCGUUUAGUGAAAAUUUAUAGAUUUUGGGCGUUUAUGGACCGUACCGAACGUCACACGAAUUAUCCCAAUCUUUUUCGAUCGACCAGCUUAAUCCACUACCUCCUAGUUAUAUUUCAUUGGAACGGCUGUUUGUUUCAUAUAAUACAUAAAAAUAAUGGGUUCGGGUCUAAAAACUGGGUGUAUAGUGAUUCGGAGAACGCGGAUGUGGUGAAACAGUAUUUGCAAAGUUAUUAUUGGUGUACAUUAGCCUUAACUACAAUUGGAGACCUUCCGAGACCAAGAAAUAAGGGAGAAUACUUAUUUGUCAUCUUACAGCUGUUGUUCGGGCUGAUGUUGUUUGCGACGGUGCUUGGUCAUGUGGCCAACAUUGUUACUUCCGUUUCAGCGGCCCGAAAGGAAUUCCAAGCGAAAUUGGAUGGUGUUAAAACAUACAUGAGGAUGAGAAGGGUUCCAAAUCAUUUACAAGUAAAAGUAAUAAAAUGGUUUGAUUAUUUAUGGUUAACUCAAAAGUGUUCAGACGAAGAACGAGCAGUCUCAUGUCUUCCAGAUAAAUUAAAGGCCGAAAUUGCCAUCAACGUUCAUUUAGAUACAUUAAAGCGAGUGGAAAUCUUUCAGAAUACGGAAGCUGGAUUCCUUUGCGAGCUCGUCUUGAGGCUACGACCUGUCCUUUUUUCUCCUGGAGAUUAUAUAUGUCGCAAAGGGGAAGUCGGGAAGGAGAUGUACAUAGUUAAUCGCGGUAGAUUGCAGGUUGUCGCGGACAAUGGAAGAACUGUCCUCGCUACUUUAAAGGCUGGCAGUUACUUUGGAGAAAUAUCCAUUUUGAACAUGGGCACGGCAGGUAAUGAUUUUGGAAACCGUCGAACGGCGAGCGUGCGAUCUGUAGGUUAUAGCGAUUUGUUCGUGUUGAGUAAAAAGGACAUGUGGGACGUGCUGAAAGAGUAUCCAGCGGCCAGGGUGCGUUUAGAGGCAAUUGCGGUUAAAAGAUUAGAAAAGUAUAAGAAGGCUCCAUUAGAAAAGGCGGCGAUGGGACGAAGCCAGUCGACGCCUGGUUUAAUAGAGUCUAGAGGAAAAAUAGCUUUAGAAGAUAUGUGGAUUCCACCGUGCCUAUCCGGUUUAACGCCUGCAUAUCCGCGAUCACUUCUGGGUUCACCGCCACGUGCCCCCGAUAGUCCGGGAUCUAGAGGUUCGAGAGGCUCCAGAGCAUCGACCAGCAGCGGUAGAAGUCAUCGGCAGACACCAGCGUCGCAUGCCCGUUCUGGUACGACCUUACACUGCGACAGCAUGACGCAAUUGGUAUCGGAAGCUGCAACGCCACUCCUUGGUUCCCACGAAGCAUUGGAAAGUGAAAUCAAAAGGCUACGGGAAAGACUGCACACCGUCGAAGCGGAAAAUACGGCAAUGAGCACAAAGCUAAACCAGCAGCAGUGGGAACUAGAAACCAGACUGGCCGAAAUCGAAAUGCAAAUUUGCGGUUCGCGUUCGACGAGCAGUUUAGAGGACAAUGAGCGUAAUCGCGAAAGUAUCAUUUAACAACUAAAUACGCUGCCUUACAACAUUUUAAAUGCACAUACGCACGCGUUUGUUCAGCACAUUGUGUAAUGGCGGCCACAAUCGAAUUUAAAAAACUUGCUAGUGAAUUUAAACAAUGCACUGUACUCACGCUGACUGCCAUUUUGUAUAACCUAGUAGAUACCCCUGAUCGAGUGAAAAUUAGUCGGGUAUGUUUGUGGUGCUUCAAAGGAUAAUAAUGAUAAAGUGUCAAACCCUUUUAAACAUUAUUGUUGUUUACGCAACAGUACCUCGAAAUGUUUUCAGAUAAAGAAAAAAAUCUUGCUGUGGGUCGCAACGUUCAGCAAGUUCGUGAACCAUUGACGAAGUACACGUACAGGGACCAAGACCACGAUACUCGAAGAACUAAGUAUCGGCAGCAACAGUUACAUAAACGCGCCAACGCUCCAUUCUUUCCCUCGAAGGGAUUUUGGAAAUAAUCGAGUGUUGCGCAUUUUCUAAAAGAAAUGAAAUAUUACUGCCAAAAGUCUUUAAUUCUAUCAUCCUUUUAGCUCUACUCAUAGUACUUUGAUAGAUAUUAACAAUAGAAUUUUUUAGACUUCUUGUAGAUAAUUUCACAAUAGGAGAGGAUACCUACCUUCAAAUUUGCUUAACAAGGAAAAAUCUGUUUAAAUAGAUUUAGAAAACGUUUAGCUAAAUGAAACCCAGUGAGACCAACCAUUUUUUAAAAAAGAAGAACGUUUUUACCAAGUAUUUGCUUCAAAUUUCAUGUUCCAUUUAAUUGUCAUACCGAAAAAUUGGAGAUCGGAUUGUGGUGAAAUUUUCGUAGAUGUUUUAAGCAAUAAUCAUUUCACUCUUCCAUUAUAUUGUUUAUAUCUACAUCGUCCGAUCUCUGGUAAUAGUAUACUCAAAUUUUCAACACUUGGAAUGGUCAAAAGAAAAAAUAAUUUUUCAAGAUUGCUUGAUGUGUUCACGAUGUAAACUUAAUAAAUUUCUCUAUUGCAAUUAAAGACGGUUUGUAAUUGAUCGUCCUCACUUACAAGGCGAUCUAAUUAAUGUAAGUAACUUUACAUGCCUUAUAAUUCAUAAUAUUGUAAUUAGUACUGUUCCAACGGUUUUUCUUAACAGAGAAGGUGAAGUUGAAAUGUGGAAGGCGACAUCUUCUCGCAAUUACCGUUUACUAAUCAUUUCAGAAUUUAAAACGAGAGGAUUAUAAUAUAUUGAAUGUCCACAUGUGAAAAUGAAAUGGAUCUUUUUACAGUUUAAAGAUAUGUUAUAGGUAUUUUGUUGCUAUAUUGUUAUAUAGGUAUAUAAUUGAUUAUAUAAUGCAAGGAUAGUGUUACAAUAAUUUAAACCAUUUCGGUGAAGAGGAAUAAGUUGUAACCUUACAUUUGUAAUAAUAAGUACCUCCCUAAAUUCCCGACUUAGCUUGUGACAUUCACUACCUACCCUACAUUUUGUA